AUGUACUUAGUACUAACAAACAAAGUAAUAGGAAAAAUUGAAAAUACAAAAAUAAUCAAAUUGCACAAUGAAAAUUUACAAACAAUUGGUGAAUUGUCAUUUCCAAUAAAUUUUUCAGCAUGGAAAAAUCUUGUUGACAUUGAAGAAUCAUCAAAAGAACCACAAAAUAUUCUUGAAUAUUAUUUGCAACGAGUGGGCAAAGAUACUAUAAAUCUUUCUUUAAAAGAAAUUGAACAUCAGGCUCUAGAGUUGAUCAAAUUGGCUAGUAAUGAUAAAUCUUGGACAAUAUCAAAAAUUUGUUUGAUAAAAAAUAGAGUUUGUAUUUUUAUUGAUCGUACAACUAUUAUAUCCAGUAUAAUAAAACAAGUGAUAAAAGAAAAUAAAUCAUUUGGCAAGGAUAUAAAUAAAAACACAUCAAUUAGUAUUAAAAUAAAUGAAGAUUUCGAAUCAAAUAUAACAACAGCAAGACUAAAAGAGCUUAAAAAUUUUACUGAAAAUAUUCUUAAAAUUCAAGGAUACAAAAUAACAAUUGAUAAUGCUCAACUUAAAGUUUUAUUGUCAUCAAAAUCACAGGUGAAAAUUGAUGAUGAUGAUGUUAAAAUAAUUGUAUGUGGUGUUGUUAAAAAUUAUAAAACACAAUCAAAAGAGAUAUCAUUAAAUUUUGAUACUUAUCUUAAUGAAAAAUUAGAUGAAGUUAGAGAAUUAAAUAAUGCUAGAAUGUCUGAAUCAAUAACAGAAAUUUCAAAUCAAGAUGAGCUAAGAUUAACGACAAUUGCCAGGUCAAUUUUAAUUUUUGAACUUUUAGGAUUUAGACCUAGUCGAUCAGUUGUCCUAGGAGGAAACAAGGAAGAAGAGAAUCCAAAUUGUCGAAUUAAAGCUGGAGCAUUUGUUUUAUAUAAUGUUGCUAGAAUUGAAACAAUUUUAAGAACUUUUAAAGAAAGACAAGCAAGUGGUUUAUAUCCUGAUAAUUUUAAUAUUGAUGAUGUUGAUUUUGGCAUACUUCAAUCAGAGCAAGAGUGGAAUUUAAUAUGGAAUUUUAUACUUGGAUACAAAGAAACUUUAUUAAAUUCAGUUAAUUAUACUGGAGAAAACCUUGAACUUUGUCCACAAAAUUUCAUUUCUUUUCUAUCAAAUUGGAGCUAUCAAUUUAGUGUAUAUUAUCAUCGUACUCGAAUAUUAACGGAUGGAAAUAAAAAUUUAACAUCAUCAAUGUUGGUGAGAAUUUAUUUAUUAAAAUCAUUUUUAAUUAUUAUAAAUAAUGCCUUGGAGACAAUGGGUCUUGCAACAGUAUCAUCAAUGUAAUAUGAUAAAUUGAAAAAAUAAUAAAUUAAUAAUUAAAACAAAUUUAUAGAAGAGUAAUUUAUUAAUAACAAACUCAAUUUAUAUUAUCAAGAAAAAUUA